AGUGGCGAUGAUCCUGCCAUCUCACCUGAUUGGAUCACCUCUAGUGAGCGCUCCUGUGCCUUUCCGAUGCUUCACUGAUGCUCUCUCACUUGACGAUUGGGCCCACAGUCACUCCCAUAUAGAGAGGGGAAAGAGACAAUGAACAGCACACGGAAGUACUUCAACGGCCGGUGUCUAGAGCUCAGCAACCUCUCGGUCACUCAGGAAGACACACCAGCUCACCGCACCUUCUUCCGUCACAGGACAUACAUGUCUUCCUGUCCAUACAUUGAAUACGACAACACCAUCUUCUCUGCAACUAUCGUCUCUGAGUUUCACCUGGUGUGUGAUGAGCUACACCUGCAACCCUUCUACCAGAUGUUGUUUAAUGUGGGCGGGAUACUUGGCAGCUUCAUAGGUGGCCACAUUGGAGACAGGUUUGGUCGCAGACGAGCAGUGCAGAUUGGUUGCAUUGCCAACAUCCUGUCAGUUCUUGGCACCACUCUAGUACCAGUCUACUCAUUCAUUCUGGUGAUGAGAAUCAUCACAGGUUGUACUUGUAUUGGAACGCUCAUCCCCGCCUGGAACAUGGGUAAGAUAGUUAUAUAUGAACUCUGACACACAUUUAAUGUA